AUGCAGGGGCCAAUGCGUGGGAAGCGCAUACCGGUAGCACAUGCGGAUGCGAUGGUUGAUGGAGGGCACUGUGCCCGCAACGUCGUCGAACACGAUAAAGCGGCAGGAAAUCGAACGUCAUGGAGGACGGAUGCCCGCGUUUUGGCGGAGCUCGUGAAGGGGGUAAUGUUCCUUCGGUUUUCGAAGCGGCUGCUCCAGUUCGAGGACAGCACCACAGAAGCGCGCGUCCUCCAACUGGACGAGCAUCUGAUCCAUGUCAUAAUGAUCAUUGCGCAUGAGACCCCUCGCCCUGCGGGGGCGCUCCGCAUCAACAGCAUGAUAACUGGAUCUUCGGGGCCCACUCAGACCCUCCAAGACAUUCGCCACGCUCCCUUGGCCGAGCUCAACGUUGAGCUCAAGGCAUGUCUGGUCCUGCCCGGCGACGAGCGACACUGUGAAAAAGCCGCCCACCAGACCUUCGACAUACUCGCAAACGCGUCUCACAUCGUGAUUGUGCACCGACGACGACAGGGGUCCGGGACCCCCGGUCCAAGAACAUCCACUUCCUUGCAUGGUGCAAAGCGUGCUGCAGAAAGUACGGCAGAUCCAAGCUCGUCGGGUGCCCCCGGAAUGAAAACGUCUUCUUCCAGAUUUUUCUCGGAUUGGCGCCAGGAUGUGAAGGAUAUACGAGACUCGUUGAGCGGCCGGCGCGAACUUCAGGCUCGGGAUGAGCGAAACCAUCGUCCUCCUGAGCCAUAUCAAGGUCCGUGA